CCCUCAUCCCCCGGCGCGGACGGCGGCUCUCCGUGCGCCGGCGGCCAGCAGCGGGUUCUCCACAGGCAGGUAGAGCAAGAGCCUCACAAUGUGUGGUAUCUGGGCCCUGUUUGGGAGCGAUGAAUGCCUUUCUGUGCAGUGUCUAAGUGCCAUGAAGAUAGCACACAGAGGUCCUGAUGCAUUUCGUUUUGAGAACGUCAAUGGUUUCACCAACUGUUGUUUUGGUUUCCACCGCCUGGCAGUUGUUGAUCAGUUAUAUGGUAUGCAGCCUAUCCGGGUGAAGAAAUUCCCAUACCUGUGGCUGUGUUACAAUGGAGAAAUCUACAAUUUCAAACAGUUGCAGAAGCAGUUUGGAUUUGACUAUCAAACAUUAGUGGAUGGUGAGGUUAUCCUUCAUUUGUACAAUAGAGGAGGAAUAGAACAAACAGCAUCCAUGCUAGAUGGUGUAUUUGCUUUCAUCCUUCUGGACACUGCAAACAGAAAAGUAUUUCUGGCAAGAGAUACCUAUGGAGUCAGACCACUGUUUAAGGUGCUGACUGAUGAUGGAUUUUUGGGUGUCUGUUCCGAGGCAAAAGGACUCAUCAACUUAAAGCAUUCAACAUCCUUAUGUUCUAAAGUGGAACCAUUUCUUCCGGGUCAUUAUGAAGUGUUGGACUUAAAGCCCUCUGGCAAGGUUGCAUCAGUGGAAUUAGUAAAAUUUCAUAGCUGUAAAGAUGAACCACUCCAUGUUGCAUGUGAUACAGUGGAAGCUCUGCCUUCAGGUUUUGACCUUGAAACUGUGAAAAGCAACAUCCGUCUUCUCUUUGAGAAUGCUGUUAGAAAACGUUUGAUGGCUCACAGAAGGAUUGGUUGUCUUCUGUCUGGGGGCUUAGAUUCCAGCUUGGUUGCAGCUGUUCUUCUGAAACUGAUGAAGGAAAUCAACAUCAAUUAUCCUUUACAAACCUUUGCAAUUGGAAUGGAGAACAGUCCUGACUUACUUGCUGCCAGAAAGGUGGCAGCCCAUAUAGGCAGCGAACAUCAUGAAGUAAUACUUAAUACAGAAGAGGGAAUUCAGGCAAUAGAGGAGGUUAUCUUCUCAUUGGAAACCUACGACAUAACAACAAUAAGAGCUUCUAUUGGUAUGUAUCUUGUCUCCAAAUAUAUCCGGAAGAAAACAGACAGUGUGGUCAUUUUUUCAGGAGAGGGAUCAGAUGAGCUGACACAAGGAUAUAUAUAUUUCCAUAAGGCCCCAUCUCCAGAGGAAGCUGCAGAAGAGAGUGAGAGGCUUCUGAAGGAGCUCUACCUGUUUGAUGUACUUCGUGCAGACAGAACUACUGCAGCACAUGGCCUUGAACUGAGAGUCCCAUUUUUGGAUCAUCGGUUUACUUCUUAUUAUUUAUCUCUGCCAGCAGAACUGCGAAUCCCAAAGAAUGGAAUUGAGAAAUACCUUUUAAGAUUGUCCUUUGAAGAUUCCAAUUUACUUCCCAAAGAAAUUCUCUGGAGACCCAAAGAAGCUUUCAGUGAUGGUAUAGCAUCAGUAAAGAAAUCCUGGUUUUCCAUUCUUCAGGACUAUAUUGAUCAACAGGUUGAUGACCUUUUAUUGGAGAAGGCAGCGGAGAAAUAUCCUUUCAAUCCUCCUAAAACAAAAGAAAGUUAUUACUACCGCCAGAUCUUUGAAAAGCACUACUCAGGGCGGAGCAGCUGGCUGCCCCACUACUGGAUGCCAAGAUGGGUUAAAGCUACUGAUCCUUCUGCACGCACAUUGAAACAUUACAAGUCGGCUACCCAAGAAUAGACUGUUCAAAUAAUCCCCAAACAAAAGUGCUGCAAACGUUUUGUGUGCACUCUGCUUUAAGAAAACCAAACAAAUUAUGCAAACCUAAAGCUUAAAUUGUCUUUAAGAUGUACUUUGACAAUGCAAUUGGAAUUGAGAGCUUUCUGUUGUUAGUGUACUAUUAAAAACUUAUACUGUUUUAGCUGCUGUACCAAAACUUUGUAAUUCAUGGGAAAAUGCUUUCUUUACAAGGGACUACUUUAUUUGACAGCUCUGUUCUUUAUGUAACCUUGAUUGUAUUAAUUUUCUUUGAAGUAAUUUCAUAUGUUUUCUGUGAGCUCUGUUUUAAGGACUUGAAUCAGGCUGAGGGAUGCAAACUGCUGCUAACACUCUCAGCAAAGGGGAAUUGGACUUUAGCUAUCUGGUGAUUUGUGUUCCUGGCUGAGGGACUUGGAUAAUAUAUAUAUUAUUAUAUUCUGAAUGUCCUUCUACACACUCCUGAAAACCUUGGUCUAGUUUUCAAAAAGUAUUUAGAUAUUCAUAGCUAUGCAGAGAUGCUUUCUAGAAUUUAUUGAGAUGGUGCUGGGGGUUAAUUAAAUGAAUAGCAGUCUUAUUUGUUACUGUGAAGCCACCAGUUGGCUGUUCUGUAAAUGUACCAUCAGUCAAAAGAUAUUAUGACUGUUAUCAAAGAGCAGAAUGGAUAAGAGAAGCCAAGUUAUGUCUUUGUUUCUAACUCAA